GCGCUGAGGGAGGAGCGGCGUUGGCUGGUGCGUCGGCGUGUACGCGGGGGUCCGGUGCUGCCCUGAGGGCGAUCGGGUCGGGCCAGGUCAGGCCCGAUGGCGGCGGUCCUGGCGGCGUGCCGGCUUCUCGGCCUGGCGCUCUGUGUGCGCGCCUACAACGUGGACAUGGAGGGCUGGGUGGUGUACCGCGGCCAGGAGCGCACCAUGUUCGGGUUCAGCGUGGCUGCCUACACCGACCUGCGAGGAAGCUGGGUGCUGGUGGGGGCGCCCCAAGCCGCCACGACCCAGCCGGGCGUGGUCAGGGGAGGAGCCGUCUACAAGUGCAGCGCCGAGCCGCCGUCCAGCGACGCCUCGCGACUCCGAAACUGCCAGCAGAUUCCUUUCGACGUGAAAGGGAACAACGUGGCGUCCGGCCGGCCGAUGGACGACAAGUCGGGCCAGUGGUUCGGCGCUAUGGUGGCGUCGUCGCCGGGGGUGAACAACACAGGAGUCGUGGUGGCGUGCGCUCCCCGCUAUCUCUGGUUCUCCAGGAACCAGGAGCGCCGUGAGCCCGUCGGCACGUGCUACGUGGCCAAAGACGGAUUCUCCAAGAUCGAGGAGUAUUCUCCUUGCAGAACAGACGGCUGGGGCUACCACCGUCAAGGAUUCUGCCAAGCUGGGUUCGGAUCUGCUAUUAACAAGGACGGCGACCGUCUCUUCAUUGGCGCUGUCGGCAGCUGGUACUGGCAAGCACCGUUUCAAGAGAAUGGAAUAUCUGAACGGCAACGAGUCCAGGUCUCGGUUCGGCCUGGCCGUGACCUCACUGGCGGACAUCGACCUGGACGGAUACGACGACAUUGCAGUGGGCGCGCCCCACGACGGCUCGGGAGACCAGGGCGCUGUGUACAUCUUCCACGGGACGAGGCGUGGCAUCGGCCGGACGCCGACCCAGGUGAUCCGGGCGUCCGGGCUGGAGCCUCACCUGCACUCCUUCGGCUACUCACUGCACGGAGGACGGGACCUGGACGGCAAUCAGUACCCGGAUCUGGUGGUCGGCGCCUACGACUCCAGUGCUGCCCUCUAUUUCAGGUCCCGCCCGGUCGUGCACGUGGAGUCGACCGCACGGUACCAGGCGGACAAGAUGAUGGACCUGGAUGAUGAGGCCUCUCAGUGCAGGCUCGACGACGGCCGGGAGGUGCCCUGCGUGUCCGUCCUCUUCUGUAUGUCGUAUGACGGCGUGGGCACAGACAAACGGGCAGAGUUCGAAGUGCAGUUCCGCCUGGAUGCACGUCGCCCCAAGACGCCGCGCAUGUUCUUCCGGGACGCCGUCAGCCUGUCCCGCCUGAACGUGACGGCGCGAGCCGACCGCGGUCGCCAGUGGUGCUACGAGCGCUACGUCUACGUGGAGCCGACGAUUCGGGACAAGCUGACGCCGCUGGUGACGGAGGUGCACUACAGCCUGGUGUACCGCAAGCCCGACCGACAGCGCGGCCUUCUGCAGCCGGUGUUGAACCUGGACCGGCCGCCGGUGGCCAGCGACGCCAUCUCCAUCCGCAAGAACUGCGGCGGCGACGGCGUCUGCGUGCCCGACCUGCAGCUGGCGGCGAGGCUGAGCCAUGCCACGUACUUGCUCGGAUCACGUGAGCGGCUAACCCUCGACGUCACCGUCUUCAAUGCCAAAGAAGACGCCUUCGAGGCAAUGUUUUAUAUCACUUUGCCAACAGGUGUCGACUAUGUCGGGACCGAGCCCGCCAACGACUCGUCCACCCUGCAGGUGCUCUGCUCUCUGGAAGGUGACGAGACAGAGGUCUUGGUCUGUGACCUAGGCAACCCACUACCGAUGAGCGCUGGGGUCCACUUCUUCGUGCACAUGAUGCCAGAAAGCACGUCUGAGGAGCUUCAGCGUCACUACCAGUUCACUAUGUCGGUCAACAGCACUAACGUCGAGCAGCCUGCCAGCCUGGCCGACAAUGACGUCACACUGACGCUGCCCAUCCGGAUCCACACCGAGCUCAUCGUGCUGGGAAUUUCUCGACCCGAGGAUGUGCACUACAACGCGAGUCGAUACUCGAAAAAGACGAAAGAGCACGAGCGUGAUAUCGGCCCCGAGUUGUACCACGUGUACGAGAUCAGCAACGGAGGACCCUCGGAGAUCGUCUCUGCCGAGGCGUUCAUUCUUUGGCCCACCUACACACUGCCGGAAGACAAGCACCUGCUGUACCUGUUGGAGCAGCCGACAGUGGAGGGUCCGGGCAGCUGUGAUCCCGUCCCUGGCGUGAAUCCUCUGCAGCUCAAGCUGUCCGUGCGGGCUCCGAUGCCCGAGCCGAAGCCGCCUUCCGACGGCGCGGUGGUGGCGCCGCCAUACCGGCGGCUGCGGCGAGACAGCGAGGCCGACUUCCAGGCGGCGCUGGGCUGCGGCCCGACCAUCUGCACCAAGAUUCUCUGCAGGAUCGGGCCGCUGGCCGACUCGCAAAACGUCAUCAUCCGCGUCAGGACGCGACUGUGGGUGGCUACCAUUGAGGAGGAGGCUAGGAAUGGAAAGGUACAAGAGAUAACAAUUUCUUCGAAACUGGUGGCACGUGUGACUGGACUGCCACACCAAGUCGACCCAUCAUACAUGAACUACACUGCGUAUGCGGUGACGACGCGGGUGCAGUCCGACGACGACAGCGCGGCGCCCAUCCCCUGGUGGGUCAUCGUGCUGGCGUCGUGCGGAGGCGUCCUCAUCCUGGUCAUACUCAUCUUCAUCCUGUACAAGCUCGGCUUCUUCAAGCGGCACCGCCGGCCGGAUGCCGCUGCGGCCGGCGCCGGCUCCAACGGCCACGGCGCGGGCAACGGCGGCGCCGCCGUCCGGCCCGGCUACUACGGCUACCAGAGCGUGCCCUACAGCCCAGCGAGCGACGAGGCGUUGUGACGAGGGCGAGAGGCGGCCGGCGGCGCGGCGGAGCCGGCGCGGACACGCGGCGGUCCUCUCCGCCUGGUGGGGCGCCGCGCCGCUCACCCGCCCAGUGUGGACAGCGCGGCUCGCCACGGACGCCCGGGCACGGACAAGAGCGGCGACCGGGCGGCGCCGACCACUGGUGCUUAACACAGCGGCACCGGCAGAGGCUAAGCCGGCCGUCAGGCGGCGCUGUCCGUCACAGCGGCACCGGCAGAGGCUACGCUGACGUCAGUCAGCAUCGCCCGUCACAGCGGCACCGGUAGAGGCUACAUCGGCGUCGGACAGUGCGGCCGUCACAGCGACACCGGUAGAGGCGACGUUGGCGUCAGGUAGCGCCGCCUAACAGUGACUAACACUAGCCUGUGCUGUGGCGCUGCCAUAGGCUGGAUGGUAGGCAAGGCGUCAGCGCCCGCCACACCGCUGCACCUCUGCGAAUUGACAACGGCGGAAUGCUGCGAGCGUGGCAGCGACGUGACUGUGGCUGGUGCGGUGAGCGGCGAAAGUGACUCGGGUGCGAACAACACCGCUGUUGUAAACGCUUUGUUAUGAAACACCGCUCUCCCAAAGGGUGACUUCGAGACUUGGCUAGUGGCAUCGCCAUUCCCUGUGACCUGCGGUAGGUGCCUAAGGGAGUGUACGCGCGCGCAACUCCCCGCAUCGCUGUGAGUCUGGAAGCGGCGGCGGCGGUGCGAAGCGCCGUGCGAGGCUGUGUGCCAGAGGGCUGCGCGUUCUGCCACUGGCUGACUCCAGCGUUGUCGCGGUGUGUGGUGAACAGACCACCGGCAGAUUGGACGGCGUGGCGUGCGACGCCCCCGAUGAGCAGCCUGUGCGUUUCUUCCUCUACGUUCGUCCGUGUGAGUCGGUCUGAGUGUGGGCGCUGGUGUGAGUGUGGGCGCUGGUGCGCUGGCGCUGGCGCUGGUGAGACAGCGCACCUUCUCCCGGACAGACAGAUGAGUGACGCGUGGCAAGGCGCAGCUCGACUCGCCCCGGGCAUAGGACCUGUGCUCUUGCGUGUGUGGAAGGGGAGGGAGGGCUCUCUUCGGGGACUGAGCUGGUCGACGAAGCGGAAGACCGGUCCUCUGGCCCGGUCGGGCUCCUGAUGACUGCCUGCCCACCAAGUCGCUCCCUCUCCUAGCGUUCUAGUCACACAGGUUGAAGGCACACUCAGAUGGGGGCCUGGUGCUUACCAGUUUCUGGAUGAAGGCGUUUCCUUUUUAGCACUGCGAUGCGCCAGUCACCAGCAUGAAGAAUGUGAAAUUUACCGAAUGAAUCAACCUUUGCUACUAUCCGACGAGAGCGGCGAACCCUUCCUUCUGUCCCACCGCCGUCAACAAUCCAAGUACGCAAGCUGUGUUUUUUGUGCGUGUGUCGCCGGCGCUUCCAAGCCGGUUCUGUCGGCGACGCUGGUCGGCAGCACGGUCGGACGACAUGCCCGUGGCCGGCUGCGAGGCGCCGGUUGACGCCUCAGCAGUGCGCUGAGCACACAUUGAUAUGUGUAAAGUGUAGACUGACUAGGCACAAGCCGUCUAAUGUGUGAAUAUGCCAACGUAAGAGCUUACUGCCAACGGAUGCGGGUGAGGCAGCUCUUUGACAACUUCUGGUGCUGCAGCGCACCGAGUUAGUUCUGCCCAUGUGGCUCAGUCUUGUAGCUAUAUGGUUGUACUUCAUGAUGCAGUUCAUCAGGAGACAGUUUAUUGAGCUUAACCUGGUGCUGGAAAGUCCGAAUCACUCCUGCAGCAUAUCCGGCGGUGAAAUUUAUGGACUGAGAGUGGUGCACCAGUUGAUACGGGAGUAGACAUGCUUUCCAUUCCUCGCCGGCCCGCAGGCUCCUGUCGCGCGAUAUCACGUGCCUUACAGUUAUGCUGAUGAUGAGCUGAGUGCGCUGCGCCGCGACGCCGCUGAUGGCGACGGCCGUGCGGCGUAGCUGUUUGCUUCGAUGGAUGUGCCAUUUGUGAAAUACAAUGACCCCUGUGA